AUGAAUGAAGAGGAUUAAUCUUAAAAUUAACCUUAAAUGAUGUUCGUCAAGAUGGACAGCUAAAGAAUUGCAUCAUUCGACUGGAAAAAACAAAGUUAUACAAAUUAAUUAGAGGAGGAAAACAAAUUUUUAUAAGACACUUAAGAGGCUACUACUUUCAGUAACUGUAGCAUGUGCGACGACGUUAGCACAGUAGACGGAGAGGAAGAUAAUUUACAGUAUAUUGCUAGUGAAAUCCUUAAAGAGAAGAGAUCUUACUACUACUAAGUAAAAAAGUAGGCAGUAAAAAAGAUGGUUUUGGGAACCAGAUAAACAGAAAACACUAAGUAAAAGCGCUGGUCUUACAGUGAGGAAAUCGCUUUCUGGUAAUUGUUAGCUUAACAUGGAACCAACUUCGACUUCAUCUCUAAAGAAAUUAAGACAAAAACCAGAAAAUAAGUCAUGCUUAAAUUCAACCGCGAAGACAAAAAAAACAGCUCUGCAGUUGAUUAAGCUUUAAAAGGCUAAAUUCCUGCUUUCAUCUAACCCCAAAAUACCACCACUCAAGGCUAAUGA